AUGGCCAAGACACCACCAAAGAAAGCCCUCAAGCCGGCCUCCGGGCUGAAGAUGAAGCAACUGUCAUUGAUGUCAUUCUUCCAACCAGCCAAACAGGCGUCUUCUCCUCUGAAAAGACACCCAGAGAGCGACAAAGAAAAUGACACCAGUAUGAUCGAUACUCCUUUAACGUCUGAGACGAAUGAGGUUGUUAGUAGUUUUGCAAAGUCCGGACUUCAUUCUUCGCCAGUAAAGCCAGAGAAGGAGAGGAAUGUCGAGAGCAAGGAAGUGAAGAAAGAAGAGGAAAUGAAGGAACAAAAGAAAGAGGACAAGGAGAAAGAAGAAAAGAAAGAGAAAAAUGUCUUGGAAGGUCUGCAACGGAAAAUUGAAAUCGAAGACAAAGCCAAUAAGGAAAUCACUUACUCUGAUGAUAUGGAUAUUGAUCUGACUCCAUCAGAGUCGCUGCUGCCCGCCAAAGCCCCUGUUAAGGCCAGAGGGAAGAAAAAGAUAUCUUAUGCCGAGGAUUCGGACUCUGACGACGGACUACGUAUCCAGAGAAAAAGGAAGGUGGUGGAGUCUGAAGAUGAGGAUGACUUCAAACCAGAGGAUGACGAUGACGAUGACCACAUGAGUGACUUUGUGGCUGAAAGUGAUGAGGAGGUUAGUACUCCUGAUGAAGCCAGCGAUGAAGAAGGCAUAGAGGAAGAACCAAGGUCCAAGAAGAGAAGAUCGUCCCCCAAAGCCGAAUCGCAUACUUCAAAGAUGGCUUCCUCCAGUAAUGGAGCCUCGACCAGCUUAGGCUCCAAAUUCAUGGCUAAUUCGUCGUACACCUCUACUGGCGCAACUGUGAGCAAGCCUGUUGCAAAAGCCAAACCAACGAAGAAAAAUUUCGAAAAAGAAAACGAAGAACGUUAUCAAUGGCUUGUGAAUAUUAGGGACGCAGAGAAACGUUCGCCAGAAGACCCACAGUACGAUCCUCGUACAUUGUAUGUUCCUUCAUCGGCCUGGACUAAAUUCACUGCUUUUGAGAAGCAGUACUGGGACAUAAAGGCCAAGAUGUGGGAUACGGUAGUCUUUUUCAAGAAGGCCAAUAUGAUGUUGGCUGGUAUCCCAGAAAUGUCUUUUGAAUACUGGGCUAAGGAGUUUAUCAGUCAUGGAUACAAGGUGGCCAAAGUCGACCAGGUGGAGACUUUGCUUGCAAAAGAAAUGAGAGGUGGCUCGACCAAGGAAGAGAAGAUUAUCCGCAGAGAGUUGACUGGAGUUUUAACAGGAGGAACUCUAACAGACUUGGAUAUGAUCACUGAUGAUAUGGCAACUUACUGCAUGGCAAUUAAAGAAUCUACCACUGAGAAGGGCGAAAAGAUAUUUGGUGUAUGUUUCGUGGAUACAUCCACUUCAGAGUUGAAUUUCAUUGAAUUAGUGGACGACGAUGAGUGCACAAGAUUGGAUACCUUGAUCACGCAGAUCAAGCCAAAGGAGAUUUUGUGUGAGAAGAAUAAUUUAUGUUCUACAGCAGUUAAGAUUAUCAAAUUCAACGCUCAUAAUUCUCAUCAGAUUUGGAACCAUUUGAAUCCCUUCUCUGAGUUUUGGGACUACGAUACUGCUUUGGAAAACUUAGUUAAGGGGAAGUAUUACGAUGCUGAAGACCUCGAUGACUACUCAAAUUUCCCAAAAGUCCUUUUGGAAGCAAAAGACAACCAUCCAGUCGCAUUCAAUGCAUUUGGAGGUCUUCUCUACUAUUUGAGGACUUUGAAAUUGGAUACUAGCAUUAUGAGUCUUGGAAACAUUCAUGAAUACAAAAUUUCCAAGAAGGGUUCUACUCAUAUGCUCUUAGAUGGUAUCACCUUGAACAAUCUUGAGAUCUUGAACAACAAUUUUGAUGGUGGCGACAAGGGCACGCUCUUAAAGCUUAUCAACCGUGCAAUUACACCAUUUGGCAAGAGAAUGCUCAAAAAGUGGGUUCUUCAUCCGCUUAUGAAAGUGGAUGAAAUAAAUGCUAGAUAUGACGCAGUCGACUUUCUCAUGAAUGAUGAACCUGAAUUGCGAGUUGAUUUGGAGUCAUGCCUUCAAUCCUUGCCCGACUUGGAAAGACUCAUUGCCAGAGUUCAUAGUGGAACUUUGAGAUUCAAGGACUUCUUACGUGUUGUUGAAGGAUUCGAGAGAAUCUCAACCAUGUUCAAAAGACUCUCAAAUUAUGAGCUUGGGAAAGGAGGGGCACUUAAAAAGUAUGCUUCUCAAUUUCCUCCCCAGCUUCACAGUAUCAUUUCUUCGUGGGAAGACGCGUUCGACAGACAAGAAGCUUUGAACAAUAUUGUUGUGCCUGCUAGAGGAGUUGAUGAGGAGUUUGAUGACUCUACCGAAAUAUUGAACUCGUUGGAGUCGCAAUUGAAUGAACACUUGAAGACAUACAAGAAGCAAUUCAAAUCGCAUGAAAUCUGCUACAAAGAUUCUGGAAAGGAGCUUUUCUUGAUCGAGGUUCCAAUCAAGAUCAAGAACAUUCCUAAUGACUGGCAGCAAAUGGGAGCAACUUCAAAAGUGAAAAGAUACUGGUCACCAGAGGUCAAGAAGCUUGUGAGAGAAUUGAUGGAACAGAAAGAGACACAUAAGACCGUUUGUGAGAAUUUAAUCUCCAGAAUGUAUGCCCGCUUCGAUGUCAAUUACAAGACUUGGGUGUCGGUUCUCAAAGGUGUCAGUAAUAUCGAUUGUCUUAUUGCAAUAACGAAAACAUCCGAAACAAUUGGUUUCCCAUCUUGCCGUCCAACAUUUGAAGAAAGUCCUAGUGGAAAAUUGCUGUUCUCCGAGUUGAGACAUCCUUGCUUUGUGGGUGCGACCGAGUUUAUUCCUAAUGAUAUCAACUUAGGUGGGGACCAUGCUAACUUUGGUUUAUUGACCGGAGCAAAUGCAGCAGGUAAGUCCACGCUUAUGCGUACCACCGCACUCGCGGUUAUUCUUUCUCAGAUUGGAUGCUACUUGCCUGCGUCACAAGCACAGUUAUCGCCAAUCGAUAAGAUAAUGACUCGUUUGGGUGCAAAUGACAACAUCAUGCAAGGAAAGUCGACGUUCUUUGUGGAGUUGUCUGAAACAAAGAAACUCUUAAGCAACGCCACCGCAAAUUCGCUUGUGAUUCUCGAUGAAUUGGGACGAGGUGGAUCUUCUAGUGAUGGAUUUGCUAUUGCUGAAGCUGUCCUUCACCAUUUGGCUUCGCAUGUUCAGCCAGUUGGUUUCUUUGCUACCCACUAUGGGUCCUUAGGACUCUCAUUUCUGAACCAUCCCCAAAUAAGACCAUUGAGAAUGGGAAUCAUCGUGGACCAAGGAUCUAGAAACAUCACGUUCCUUUACAAGUUGGAAGACGGUAGCGCACCUGGCUCUUUCGGUAUGAACGUGGCAGCCAUGUGUGGUAUAUCAAAAUCUAUCGUAGACAAUGCCGAGGUUGCUGCCAAAGAGUAUGAACAAACUCAGAAAUUGAAGCUGCAUCUCGAAGAGCAGAACGCAAAUAAAUUGUCACUUGGUCUCCAGAGCGAUUUCUCAUGGUACUACGGAAAGUACACAUUACUCGAAAAUGACAUUCUUCGCUACGAUGAGCAAGUCAAGCAGAACGCAUUGAAUAGUGUCUUCCGCAUGAUUAACACGCUUUGA